UAAAAUAUUGCAUUGCAGCCAAACGUAGCCGAAUAAAAUCAAAAUUAAAACGAUCAAUUCCGAAUUCCGAAACUUAUUCGUUCCUUCUUCUGCUCGCAAGUAUUGGACCCUCAGACCCGAAAGCUAUUUCUGUAACGGAUUCCAUUUUUUCUGUGGAAACCAAAUUCGACUCCAAGAUUCGUAUCGCUUUACGUUUCGAUCUUAAUUUCUAUCUGCCGUGUUGUUAGUGCAUUAACUGUUCUUCUUUUUUCCCCUUCUCUUGAUUCUGCCAUUCAGAUCAAUGUCCGGAGAGGUUAUACACGAUUGAAUCUCCGUGGGAAACCUGACGUUUGGAGGAAGAUGUUUGGAGGUAAUAGCAGUAAUCCAGUCUUUCCUGUUCUCCUUGAGGAAAACCGGUUCCAGUAUGAUUCUAACACCUCAACUCAACUGCAAUUAUUUGGAAAUUUACAAGCUGGUUGCAGUGUUAAUCCAGUGACCUUUGUUGGAAAUGAGCAAGUCUCCCCCAUGAACCAGCCAACAAAAAGAGGCAGCGAAACAGAAGAUUUUCUGAAGCAGCAAAGGUUUCAAAUCUCCUUGAAUACUAACUUUUGUCAAGAUGAAACUAACCGGUCUCCAAGCAUUCCUAACUUGAAUCCUGUCUCAACUGGGUUGAAGUUGUCAUACGAGGAUGAUGAACCCAACUCCUCUGUUACUUCUGCAAGUGGAAAUAUGACAGGAGCUCUUCCUGUGAUUCUGUCCCUUGGCGACAGCCUCAGGACUGAACUUGAUUGCCAGAAGGAAGAGUUUGAUCAUUAUAUAAGAAUUCAGGAAGAACACAUCGCAAAGGGAGUGAGGGAGAUGAAGCAAAGGCACAUGGUUUCUUUCCUGAAUGCCAUAGAAAAAGGAGUUGGCAGGAAGCUGCGAAAGAAGGAGCUUGAGAUAGAAAAUAUGAACAGGAUGAACAAGGAACUGGUUGAGAGAAUAAAACAGGUGACCAUGGAAGCCCAAUCCUGGCACUACCAAGCAAAGUACAAUGAGUCGGUAGUCAAUGUCCUCAAGAGUAAUCUCAAACAGACCAUUGCACAAGGUGCUGACCAAGGAAAGGAAGGCUGUGGUGACAGUGAAGUAGAUGAUGCAGCAUCCUCUUACAUUGACCAGAACAAUUUACUGAGUUUUCCAGGUGGAUCUGGGACUAACCAUCAAGGGUUAAGGGAACAGAUGACUUGCAAAGCAUGUAAAAAUAAGGAAGUUUCCAUGCUGUUGUUGCCUUGCAGGCAUUUGUGCUUGUGUGUAUACUGUGAAGGGUUUAUUGAUGUCUGCCCUGUCUGCCAGUCAAUAAAGACUGCUAGUGUUCAGGUGUACAUGUCCUGACUCCUGGAAAGUUCAAACCAAAUAUAUGGAAUGGAAAAGUUAUUCA